UACAGACAACAGUUGAUCUGCACAAGUUAAUUCAAAUCCAAACCCUAAAAAGAAAUGAAUGUUUUCUCUCACUCCACCCUUUAACCCCUCACCAAAAAUUCCCUACUUUAUUUUUUUCUCUUUAUAGAGAGACAAGAAAUAUAAUAGAAAGGGAAAGAAACGACAGCCAUGGACUCUCUCUCACCAAAAUACACCAGCAAUGGAGCCUAGAAAGAAAACCCAAAAGGGCAAAAACAAGAAUAAUCCACAUUGCUGAAAUUUACUACAAUGGGGAAGGCAGAGGAUGAGCAACCUUUGCCUAGUACGACUCUUAAUACUCAGAGCGCAACUCCGAAUGCAGGGAACAGUAAUGGGUGCUGCUUGGGUUGCAGUAGACUACUUAGAAAGGUUGUGACUUUCAGAUGUAUAUUUGUUUUGGUGCUCGGUGUUGCAGUACUUCUAUCUGCUGUUUUUUGGCUUCCAUUCUUACGUUUAGGGGGUGAGAAGCAUCUGGAUCUGGAUUAUCCAGGUCAUGAUAUAGUGGCAAGUUUUAUGAUUAAGAAGCCAUCUUCUUUUCUCGACAACUAUGUCAUACAACUCGAGAAUGAUAUUUUUGCAUUAAUAAGUUUCCCCACAACAAAAGUGGAAAUAAUAAAAUUCACACCAGCUGGAUCAAACACGACGAAUGUAGUGUUUGCUGUUGAAUCUGAUGUAACAACCCGCAGUUUAAUAAGAGCUUCUUUUGUCUCCAUGGUUAUACAUCCAUCGUACCUGCAUUUGACUCCAUCCUUGUUUGGGGAUCCUUUUUCUUUCGAGGUGCUCAAAUUUAAAGGAGGGAUUACUGCUAGUCCUAAUCAGAAGGCAUUCCUUUUGCAGAAAGUUCAGAUCCGUUUCAACUUCACUUUGAACUUUUCCAUCGAUGAAUUACUGAAUAAUUUCUAUGAACUUACCAGCCAACUGAAGUCAGGCUUACAUCUUGCUACUUAUGAGAACUUGUACCUUAGCCUGACAAAUCUGAAAGGUUCAACAAUGGUUCCACCCACUACGGUUGACACGCAAGUUGUUUUGGCAGUGGGACUUAAUCCCUCGAAAUCCAGGUUAAAGCAGUUGGCUAAAACCAUCACCAAUUCUCAUACCAAAAAUCUUGGACUAAAUAACACUGUAUUUGGUCGGGUUAAGCAAGUUCGUCUUUCAUCUAUGUCCAUCAAUGUUACCUCACCAUCACCAUCACCGUCUCCGUCUCCAUAUCCUCUGCCCCCAUCCCACCACCAUCACCACCAUCACCACCGACACCAUCACGAUCCUAGUCGUGCUCCUGGUAUUUCACCUGCACCAUCAACAGGUGAAAGUGGACCUGUAACUGGAAAAGAAUCACCCGAGCCUGCACCCGUGCCUGCACCAGCACCAGCACUAGCACCAGGGAAGAGUCAAGUGGCGAAGCCUCCUGGUUGUCAUUUUGGUUACAAAAAUAGGUUUCCCCGAAAACCCAAUGAGGGUUAUCAUAUGAGACCUACGGCAUCUCCGGUUUAUGCACCAAGUGUUACUCCUUCACAAUCGCCUCAGCAAUUUGAUCCACCGAUACCUGAUGUACCUCCAGUUCCUGCUACAAGCCCAUCAUCAAAUGUAGCUUAUAAUCAUAAUAACCCCCCAUCAAAGAGUGAUCAUGCAGGGCCUCCAGAUGAACUGCCAUUAGUUUCACCUGCACUCUCUCCAUCCUCUGCAGGUACCUUUUCCUCCAGUUUAUGGGCUUUUCCGCUGUUCCUACUCUUCACGCAUUUGUGGCAGCAGAGAAUGUGAAGCGUUUUUGUUGUGGCAAUUCGAAAACAGUGAAACUUGUCCCUGUAAUAUCAUCUCACCCGAAUUAAACAGAGGAACAGGAGGAAUUUUGCAAGUGAGAGCAGUGCCAAAAGGGCGCAACUCACAAGUGGUUAAGAAACUAUAUUACUGUUUUGGGCAUGUAAAUAUUUGUUUGUAUUAUCGACGGCUAAAUGCAUUCGGGUCAAAGUCACAGAGGUGACGGGCCUGUGAUGACAUGUUACGCCGCCUUAUUGUGUAUGAUAUCACUUCUACAUAAAUUCGAGGGAAAAUUGUAAUACAUCACUCUGUUUUGUUGA